AUGACCGGGACGGCGGCGCAAAAGGCACGCAGAAACGAUGAAGAAAGUAACCGGCCUGUUGAAGAGAUUAAUAGCGUGCGGGAGGAGGACCCGAAGAAUUAUGGGCAAGCCAUGAAGAGUGUGCAGAGGAAAAAGUGGCUUACAGCCAUGUCGAAAGAGCUUCAAGCGUUUGAAGACAACGGAUUGAUCACGGUGAAGGUCGUUCUUAUGCUUGCGUUGCGUUGGGGAGUACCGGCGAGACACGGGGAUAUUCCCAACGCGUACGUGAAGUCUGAUAAAGAAGAGCACUUGGAUAUCUACUUGGAGAUUCCACAGUGGAUGAAGAUUCAAGAUGGCACUCUACGACAAUUUGGCGUACAAGAAAAAUCGCACUUAGCGCUAAAACUGAAGAAGUCUCUCUAUGGGCUCAAGCAGGCGGGCCAUCUGUGGAGCCAAUUGCUACACACCAGACUGGAGGAGGCUGGUUUCAUGCAGUCGUCAAGUCCGAGGAUGGUAGAGCUGUUUUUCGAGGCGAUGACAUGUUUAUCGAUCAAAGAUUUGGGCGAGGUUCGCAAGUUUCUCGGCAUGCGAGUUAGUUUGGAGGACGAAGAGACGUGCACAGUGGAUAAACAAGCGACUAUUGAAGAAAUGCAUGAGAGUCAUGGUUUGAAGGAGGAGAAUGGUGUUCGUGCGCCUAUCAGUGAAGAAGCUGACAAAGUUAGAAAAGGCCCUGUGUUACUGACAACGGGACCGAGAUAA